GCGGUUGUCGUUAAAUUUAUUGUUGUUCUCGGGCACGAUUUUAUAUUUUUUCUCGACUUCUCUUUUAAUUUAUUGACUAAAACAUUAAAAUCUCCACAAAAAUGUGCGACUACAUCAAAGAAUUCAACAAGGGAAUUCAGGGAAACACGAAAAAUGUUCCCGAAGAAGCCAUAACAUUCCUCGGGGUAAUUUCAUCAAAAAACGACUACUUGACCUUGGAAAACCCGGAACUGCCCACAUUUUACAUGAAUUUACACGAAAUCCUGAAACACACACGAAAUCCAAUGCUCAUCAACAACUGCAUCACAAUUCUGGAGCAAGCGGUGAAGCACAGCCCGAAACUGCGCGAUGCCCUGAUCAAGCGUUACAAAUUCCUGCCUGUUCUGGCGUUGCUUUUGUGCGAACCCUCGAGCGAAAUUAAAAGAUUGUUGGAAUUAUUGGAGGAAUUAACUUAUGACAUUCAUUUCGAGCAUCACGAAUUCUAUUUGGACGGCUUGAUGAAGCAUUUGAUAACUUUGGUGCAGCAACAAACGGAGGUUUCGGGUCCGGCAUUUGCUGUUUUGGUGAAUUUGUGCUUCAAAAACGAGGAAUGCAUGUAUUUGGUGAUGCGAUUGAUAAAAAUUAAGGAAUUGGCGCGACUCGUGGACUCUUAUGGGAUUUAUACGUGGAAAUUUUACCUAAUUUUUGACUAUAAACCCGAUCCGAAGAUGUUAUCGCAGCAGGUGAAGCUGAGUUUUAAGGAAGUUGAGGCGGCGUUGAUUGAGUUUGACUGUACGAGACUGCGACAUGUCGUUGAUUUCAUCACGAGUGCCAGUCGGAUGACGAAAGGAGUCGAAUUUGAGGCUUCGUUGAAGAAGACUAUCAUUGAACGAAUUUCGUUGAUAAAAGAGGCCGAAACGGAAGACGAAGCCAAUCGCGAGCAGAAAUUAAUGUGCAUCCCCCUACUUUUUGCUCUUCUAACGGAAAUUUUGAGCUCCGGCGGGCAAGAAAAUGAGUUUAUUGGGUCAGUUAUGAGCUGUUGCUUGGAAUGGUUGACCAUCACACCCUCAUGUGUCAUGAAAACUCUUGCUCAAGUGCUCCGUCAACAAGGACUUUCCAUCGACAAAGACACCCAAAAAUCGCUUGAAAAGAAGAUUUCUCACUUCAUUCAGGAGAUUCACGAUAAAAAAUUGUCCGCCGAUGACAUGAUUCUCUUCUUCGACAUGCUUUUGGAGAUGCUAAAGCUCCUGUAACGAAAUUCCGUCACAAAAUUGAUCGAAGAUGCUUUUAUAGAGCAAUUAAUUAAUGAAAUCGCUUCGGGAAUGGAUGCCGCCUUGAAAUCUGGAGAGACUUCGACCUAUUUGAGACUUUUUAUCUACGUUCUGAACACACUUUAUGAACUUUCCAACAUCGACACGCACAAAUAUUACACAAAAUUCCGUAAUUUGAUGCAAAAUCCCGUCACGCAGAAGAUGUUGGCGCAAGCGUUCAUCGUUCGCGACGCCAAAAGUUAUCAAAUGAUCUUCCGGAUGAUGCGAACGAGCGAAUUUCCCUUGGAAGAAGUGAGUGACGCGCUCGCCAACCAGAGUUUGAUUGAAAAAUUCAACAACGAAUCGAGUCGCACGCCAAAAAUAAUCGAUGCGCCGCCAACUGCGACUCUGGAAAAGCGUCUCGUUGAAGUUUUAGACAAAUUGAAUGAACAUCAGCCUCAAGAUUUGCUCACUUCGGAGUUUGUGGAGAUCUACAAGUACAACAUCAAUAGUCACGUGAAACAAAACGAGUAUUUAACCGAGAGAUUAGCGAAUUCCGAAGCCACAAUCACUUCAAUGUCGCACCAAAUCCAACUCCUAAACACACAAAUCGCCAAAUUUCAACAAGAUAGCUUCGCGAAAUUGCUGAGUCGGGAGACGAUUUUGAAGGAAAAUGAAGUGAUGCAGGAACAAUUGAAGACAGUUCGGGUUUCGAUGCAGCAAUUUAGCCAAAAAUACGACGAAGCGAAGAAAAAAGUGGCGAGUCUCAAAGAAAGUUUCGAAGAAAAAGAGGCAAAGCUGCACAAAGUCCUUGGGGAGCUCGAGCGGGUGACGGAAAAAGCAAACAAAGCGGAGGCAGAAGUCAAGGAACUCACAGCGGAAGCGAAAAGACGAACAGAAGAGUUUAAGCAACACUUCAAGACGUACGAAAACAAGCUCAAGACGUGCCAGAGCGAAAACGAAACACUGACGAAGUCCGUUCAAGAAUUGGAGAAGCAAAAUACGAGACUUAAUGACUUCAAUAAGAGCUUGGAGAAACAAAUUCUCGUGAAAGACGAGCAAAUAAAGAAUUACAAGGAUGAACUGCAGGAAUGUGAGGCGAUGCAACAGAUGAUUGCCAAUGCAGUUCAACGACGAAAGAAGAAGUAAAGUUUUUUUAUUUUAUAAUCAAAAAAAUUUGUGUAAAAAAAAUUAAAAUUUUAAGAAAAAAAAAUAAUUUUAGACAAUUUUAGUGGAUAUUUUUAAUUAAAAAGGGCUUUUUAUGAGAAUUUAUUGUAAGUUUUUAA